UAAGCCUCUGUCAGAGGAACAGAGAGUAAGACGAGCUGGUCUGACCAUCUAACCAUUAGCGAUGACUUAUCUGCCAGACCGCAGCUGACCACACUGCGUAAUAACUCUGGGACUCAUUCAGAACUGAAAGAAGAUUCUGUUAAGAACAUGGAGAGAUCCAUUACCAUCCUCCUCCUAUGGUGUCAUCUCCAAGGCGUCGGAGGCCAGGACUGGACCGUGUUUCUGCCCCAGAGUGUGAAGGGUCUGCAGGGUUCCUGUGUGAGGAUCCCCUGCAGAUUCACGCUGGAGUGGGGCUGGGAUACUUCCCUGGACCAUACAUGUAAAGCCCAAUGGUUUAAGGAUUUUAAGGAAGGCCCAGUGUUUGACACCAGCCUCGCCGGAGGUCAAAACCUCUACCAGGGAGAGCUGGUGGGGAAUCUUCUGACCAGAAACUGCACAACCAUCUUCCACAACCUCCCCGCCUUCAAAUCCAAGCUUUUCUUCGGAAUUGAUUGUUUGUACGGUCUGAGAUACAACUAUGCUACUGGCGUUAUGGUCGAUGUUAAAGAUGUGUGGAGACCGGUCUUGAAUCCAAAAGGCCAAGUGGAGGUUGUUGAAGGCAGGCCAGUCAUGCUCUCCUGCUCCGCUCAGAUCCUCUGUCCUUACCAACCCACGCUGUCAUGGACACCAAGUCUUGGAGACACCCAGGAGACAGUGGAAGAUGAGCUUGUGACCUCUGUGCUGACCUUCAAUGCCUCCGCGCUUCACCAUCGACAGAGGAUCACCUGCUCCUCCCUCUACAAGCGCCACACAGGACUAAGCGACGCCUCCUUCAAACAAUAUUUGACACUCAACGUUUUGUACCGUCCGGACAACGUAUCGGUGGAGUGGCCGUCCAGCCCGGUGCUGGAGGGAAGCUAUGUGCGUCUGAGCUGCAAAGGCUCCGCCAACCCCCAGGUGGACCGCUACGCCUGGUACCGCUCCCGACUGAACCCAGGAACCGAUCAGGGGCCCUCUGAGGGGCCCCUGGGUUUCAGUCGGUCCAUCAACGUGUCGGUCUCUGCAGACGCUCAGUACUUCUGUGAAGUGGGGAACCCUUACGGAGCGAAGAACAGCAGCCUGACCCAGAUGGUCGUAAACUACCUCGGAGUGAAAGCUCCUCCCAGGAUCCUGCCCUCUUCAGGCUGCAGCAGAAUUGCAGCCUGGGUGCGAUGUUCCUGCGACAGCGUGGGCAGACCAUCACCGUCUCUGGAGUGGCGGUUGAAUGGGAAACUGGUGUCGGGUUCUGAAGACGUGUCUGUUAGCCAGGUCAACCUGGACAAUACAACCUCGUGGAGCACCCUAACAAUCAAGGCCUUACCUGGGCCGACAGCCUUGACCUGCCACAGCUCCAACGCUGUUGGGAAAACCAGCCAGAAGCUGCCUGUGUCCCACCUGGACACACAGCCAAACCUGACAGACUUGGUGCUGUGCAUUGUCAAAUCUGCUGUGAUGUUCGUGGGAUUAGUGUGCGUGGUCGUCUGUAUUAUAAGAACUCGGAAAGUGGGUGAGGAGACGCGGUCCUUUAACGCUGCCACUGUGACGCGAGCCCCCCCAGACGAGGAGGAGUCCCAGGUCGUCUUCAGAAGUGAGGAGGACGACUACGUCAACAGCGGGAUGCAGAUGAACCCGGUUGGGCCGAGAGAGGAGCCUGCCCUGCAGGCUCCCACCCAGGACGACCGGUCUCUAGGGAGCUCACUGAAGAUUAGUGUUGGCUCAGAGAAAGAUGAAGUAAAGCUUUUACUCUUCAGGAACUUCAUAUCAAGUCCUUCCCCUCUAUCACUUCUGGAUGAGAACAUGACUGGAUCCUGCAGACUAUUUCUGCUCUGUAGUCUCCUGCAAGGUGCUGGGUGCAUUGGAAAAUUUGAGGCCCUAAUACCAGCAAGUGUGACGACACUCAGUGGAUCCUGUGUUACCGUUCCUUGUUCCUUCACCUUGGGGGACAAAUAUAAAGACAUGCUACAUCCUGGAUGCAUACCAAUAUGGAAAAAAGGAGAACAAUUGAUCAGUAAUACAACAUUCAGGGGAAAUCUAACAGUGUACAACUGUACUACAACAUUCAAUAACGUACUUGAAGACAAUGUUCAAUAUUAUUUUAGAAUUGACUGUGAUGGAAAUCCAUUAAAAUAUAGUUUUAAAUUAAACCCAGUGACCAUCCAGAUCAAGGGGCUCCCUGAUGCACCUCGUUUGACCACCCCCAAGGAGCCGGUGGUGGAGGGGACUCCUGUGGAGCUGGGGUGCUCUGCCCCGUCCUACUGUGACACCCACCCCCCCACUGUGACGUGGACCCCCGCCCUGGGGGUCAGCACCCAGCUCCAGCUGGAGGAUACCGUGACCUCCACUCUGACCUUCAACGCCUCCCACCUCCACCAUGGAAACAAUGUCUCCUGCACUGCGGCCUACUACAUACCAUCUGGGAACAAAACUGUGACGUCUACAAGACACCAACUCAGUAUCUUAUAUGCCCCCAGGAACACCUCUGCUGUCGGCAGCCCGUGUCUUCCAGCCAGAGAGGGAGGCUGCCUGAACCUGACCUGCUCCAGUCAUGCUAACCCUGCUGUCAGCGAGGUCACCUGGUACCGAAUACACGGAGAAUACAUCCUUAAGAUCGGGAGUGGAUCUUCUCUGUCCAUCCAGCUGUGGAACGCCAAUAACGUUUUCUUCUGUGAGGUCCGGAAUGACUAUGGCACCGAAAAGUCUAAUGUCUACAAGAUUUACAUUCAAAUUCCUUCACAGAUCUUUGAUAUUCCAGACUUGGUGCUAUGCAUUGGCAAAUCUGCUGUGAUAAUCGUGGGCUUAGUGUGCGUGAUCGUGUGUAUUAUAAGAACCCGGAAAGUGGGGGAGGAGACGCGGUCCUUUAGCGCUGCCACUGUGAAGCGAGCCCCCCCAGACGAGGAGGAGUCCCAGGUCGUCAUCAGAAGUGAGGAAGACGUCUACGUUAACAGCGGGAUGCAGAUGAACCCGGUUGGGCCGAGAGAGGAGCCUGUUGGACCGAGAGAGGAGGCUGUUCUGAGAUCCGGUUCCCCAGUCUCAACGCACCGUGAUGCAGCCUCCUCCCGCCGGAUAGGCCCUGCAGGCUCCCACCCAGGACGACCGGUCUCUAGGGACCUGACUGAAGAUACUCAGUAAACAGUUCAUGAUGACCAAGUAUUUCCUCCAGGUAGAUAUUUUAAAAAGUUAGCAUAUAGCUUUUCUUAAAUUAGUUGAAAACCAUCGGUGUCAGUGGCAGCCCGCCCUAUACGCUGAAUAUGCAGUUGUGUGGACCAGUCAAGCCAGUUCACAAAAGUAAAUUAAUUCUCUAAUUCAAGAUCCAUUCGGAGGGGUUAUGUUGCCCUCUGGUGGUGAUUUGCAUUCACAGCCCAGGUAGAGAAUGCUUGUAGUUGUCCAGGGUGAAUUUUAACACACUAUAUACUGUUUCAUACAUUGUGUGCAACAUGACAGAAAAUCUAUUGAAAUUAAUAAAUGUCUUAAUAGUAAUUCUAUAAUUUUGGCAAAAUAAACAUUUGUCAAGUUUCUACUAGGUUUUAUAGCAAUGUCUAAUUUUGAUUAAAAUGUGUAACCAU